CGGCUCCCGGCUGCUUCCGGAGACGUGUCUGAGGGGGGCGGAAAAUGGCGGCCGGGGCGGGCGCGGGCUCUGCCGCUCAGGGCGGCGACGCCGACGAGCUUUUCGACGUGAAGAACAGCUUCUACAUCGGCGCCUACCAGGCCGCCAUAAACGAGGCGCAGCGGGUCAAGCCGUCUAAUCCGGAGAAGGAAGUGGAGAGGGAUGUUUUCUUAUUCCGAGCCUACAUCGCCCAGAGAAAAUAUGGUGUUGUCCUAGAUGAAAUCAAAGCCAGUGCUAGUCCUGAGCUCCAGGCAGUGAGGAUGUUUGCAGAAUAUCUUGCAAAUGAGAGUCAAAGGGAUGCAAUUGUUGCUGAUUUGGACAAGAAAAUGGCAAAAAGUGUUGAUAUAGCCAAUACUACUUUCUUGCUGAUGGCUGCUUCCAUCUAUUUCCACGACAAAAAUCCUGACGCGGCUCUGCGUACUCUACAUCAGGGGGAGAGCUUGGAGUGCAUGGCCAUGAUGAUACAGAUUCUUCUGAAGCUUGACAGGCUCGAUCUGGCUCGCAAGGAGCUUAAGAAGAUGCAGGAGCAAGAUGAGGAUGCGACUCUUACACAGUUGGCAACUGCCUGGGUAAACCUGGCCAUAGGUGGUGAGAAGUUACAAGAUGCCUAUUACAUCUUCCAAGAGAUGGCAGACAAAUGUUCUUCCACCCUCCUCCUACUUAACGGACAAGCAGCUUGCUAUAUGGCUCAGGGCAAGUGGGACGAUGCGGAGGGAGUACUUCAAGAAGCAUUGGACAAGGACAGUGGCCAUCCUGAGACCCUGAUCAACUUUGUUGUCCUGUCGCAGCACUUGGGCAAACCACCAGAGGUUACGAAUCGCUAUUUGUCACAGUUGAAAGAUGCGCAUAAAAAUCACCCGUUCAUAAAGGAGUAUCAGGCCAAGGAGAAUGACUUUGACCGGCUAGCCAUGCAGUAUGCCCCCAGCGCGUGAGGAGAGGGGAAGGAGGCUGCGGACCGGCUCUGUGGUACCUUGGGAACUGGGGUAGAUGUGCAAAGCCUCUCUGGUAACGGGGGGAAAAAAACACCCUCUGCAAGUCGGUCUGCCUUAACUCACUGGUAGGGUCUUGCAAUCCAGCAAGCCGCCAGUGCUAAACCUGUACAUAAAAUGUAGCUACUGGAAUUUGGUAGCUGCAAAGCCUGUGUUCUGGCUUACCUGGGUCCUGAACUCUGUUUAAAAUACAGUGCGAAUCAAGAGUAAGCGACACUGUACCUUAAACAUUCCUAAUAAAGCCUUUUCUGGA